GCUGCCGGCGGCGACCGACGCUGCGCGCGCGCGGGGUUAGGGAGCGGUUGGCCAACAUGGCGGCGUCGGAGGAGGACGGGGGCUUCGGGGACGGAGAGCGGCUGGAUUUCCUGAAGGAGCGGCACGUGCGCUUCUUCCAGCGCUGCCUGCAGAUCCUGCCCGAGCGCUAUUCGUCCCUGGAGACCAGCAGGUUGACAAUUGCUUUUUUUGCACUCUCCGGUCUGGAUAUGUUGGAUUCCUUAGAUGUGGUGAACAAAGAAGAUAUAAUAGAAUGGAUUUAUUCCCUGCAGGUCCUUCCCACAGAAGACAGGUCAAACAUGCAUCGCUGUGGAUUCCGUGGUUCAUCGUAUCUGGGAAUGCCAUUCAAUCCGUCCAAGGGUCCCGGUAUUGCUCAUCCCUAUGAUAGCGGGCACAUAGCAAUGACUUACACUGGCCUUUCCUGCUUAGUUAUUCUUGGCGAUGACUUGAGCCGAGUAAAUAAAGAAGCCUGCUUGGCAGGACUAAGAGCUCUCCAGCUGGAUGACGGGAGUUUUUGUGCAGUCCUGGAAGGAAGUGAAAAUGACAUGAGAUUUGUGUACUGUGCUGCUUGUAUAUGCUACAUGCUUAACAACUGGUCAGGGAUGGAUACGAAGAAAGCCAUUGACUAUAUCAGGAGGAGCAUGUCUUAUGACAAUGGGCUUGCCCAAGGAGCCGGACUUGAAUCUCAUGGUGGCUCUACUUUUUGUGGUAUUGCGUCCCUAUGCCUAAUGGGUAAACUUGAAGAGGUAUUCUCUGAGAAACAGCUGGACAGGAUAAGGAGAUGGUGCAUUAUGCGGCAACAGAAUGGUUAUCAUGGCCGACCUAACAAGCCUGUGGAUACCUGCUACUCAUUUUGGGUUGGAGCAACUCUUAAGCUUCUGAAAAUAUUUCAGUAUACAAACUAUGAAAAGAACAGGAAUUACAUUUUAUCAACCCAAGAUCGCCUUGUUGGUGGAUUUGCUAAAUGGCCAGAUAGUCAUCCAGAUGCUCUCCAUGCCUACUUUGGGAUCUGUGGCCUGUCGCUAAUGGAGGAGUCGGGCAUUCGCAAGGUUCACCCCGCCCUGAAUGUAAGCACACGAACCUCGGAGCGCCUUCUGCACCUUCAUCAGAUCUGGGCAACCAAGGACUCUAAACAGUGUUCAGAUACUGUGCACGAUGCCACAUGACUGAUUUCAGACUCCACUUGAGCUUGGUAGCAUAAUUGUAGCCCAAGGUGAAAAGCCAUGUAUAACCAAUGUGCUCUUUUUAAGUGCUGGAAUCAUACAAUCAAGUUCAUGUCACUGGCAUCAUUCAGACAGCAAAUGGCCUUCAGCCAGUUAUUCUGGAUUGGAAUUUUUAAAAAUUGCUUGCCCCUACAGAUGUUGUCUUGGUUUUAAUGAAUCCCUUCAAAGCAAUGUUGUUCUAUUAUAUUACUUUAAACAGUGCAAUGGCAAAGUGUAAUGAUAAUAAAAAGGAUAUUAAAAUGUAUUUAAGUAUUUUCAUACUUAA